AUGACUUCGAAAUCACAAGACAGGUUUAAAAAGAUGCCAGAGGUUGCUCUUGCAAGAACGUGUCUCGAGGCCUCUGAACGCCUGGCCGCCCUCCAGCCCACACUAAGCCACCUCCUCUUCGGGUGUGGACAAGCCUCAAGUCAAUUGGCGCAAGCUCGCGUGAACUGGGGUGCGCGCGUCCAGGACUGCGUGAUUGGUCCAAUGAAACGCGUCGCUGAGGCAACCAGCCAUAACAGUGAGAUGGCGCGCACACGGCGUCAGGCCUGGCGUGCCGGCGGUGAACUGCGCUCUGUCAGCGAGCGCGCGGCACGUGCUGCAACGUCAGUUGGCAGUGGCCACAACGCCUCGACCGAUGACAGCCAAUCGCUGGCCAGCUCGGAGAGAAUUCCUAACCUGCUGCUGGAGACCGUGUCCCCACCAAUCAGUGCGCCCUCCCGUAAGACAAUCAACAGCCAAUCAGGAGGCGACCGGCGUUCCCCUAAGGGCGUGCCAUCGCCUCUUUUCCCGGAUGGAUCCCCACCCUCAAAGGCUUCACAAGCAGGAUACUUCCCGGUCACACCGAAUGGCGAAGGAAAUUUGAUGCGGACAGCCAAGGCAACUCAACUGAAUGCUAUCAAGGAGGACUUGGAAGCGGAAUCUCAGCUUCUUAAGGCAAGUCUCGCACAUUCUCAGAUUCAUCAAUUGCUACUUAUGUCUUGGCAAACCAGUUUCUACCAUCAUCUGAUUGGUAGACGUUCCGAUGAGAAGGCCCUGCAUGAGCUCUUCAACUUCGAGACGAUGUCCACUCUGGAGUGCUCCCAGGCCCUGGUCGACAUGGUCGAGAUCACCGCCACCUACCACCGGAGGUGCGCUGCCAUCUUGGAAGACUUGGCUCCUCUCCUCAGGGCUGAACUCGAUGAGCAGUGUCUCCUGCCCGUGUACGGUCGCAACCUGGAGACGCAUCUGGCGGUAACCCACGCACGAAUCGCCUACCCGCUGCAGCAAUGCGUGCGAUCGCUUAACAACAUGGCGGCGCUCUGCGAAGAGGGCAUUUUUCGGAUUGCCGGGAGCAAGACCAAAGUAGACACACUUAAGAGUGCGCUGAAUUCGCUCCGAGCGGAGAACGUGAUAGCCCAGUACGACCCCUACGUGAUCGCCGACGCAAUGAAGCAGUACCUGCGCAGCCUGCCCGAGCCACUGCUCACCUCGCUCCUCCUGGACCAGUGGUCCAGCACACUAGAGAUGAAGGAGUCCACAUUUCUUACCGUCAACACCACCACCACCUCUGCCACAACCAGCACCACCCACACCACCACAACCACCACCACCACCGCACCCACCACCACGACCAUCACCAUCUCCAUCACCACCACCACCACACCCAUCAUCACCACCACCACCACCGCACACAUCAUCAUCACCACCACCACCACACCCACCACCACACUCAUCAUCAUCGCCACCACCACCACCACCGCACCCACCACCACGACCACCACCAUCUCCACCACCACCACCACCGCACCCACCACCAUAACCACCCCCACAUCUGCCACCAUCACCACCACCACCACCACAACCACCAACGUCAUUUCCAGAGGUAAGAAGGUAGAGUAUACAGGGACCGACAGCGAUGAGCAGAUAAGACACCUCCAGGCGACAGCCAGCCAAAUGCCCGAGGCCUACCACCGCAACGCCGGCUACCUCUUCCGGUUUCUCAAUAGGGUCACCGAGUUCGCGGAGAAGAACCGCAUGACCCCCGCCAACCUCAGCAUCAUCUUCGGACCAACGCUCUUUGCAGCGCCGCACGCCACGCUGGACGACGCCGCUUCGACCGCAGACAACGGCAAUCAGAACGGCGCGGUCAAAUCACGCCAGAAACAAAAAGCAUUAGGUUGUGUGAUUUACCACAAAUUCACGAUAACUUUACUUGUUUAUUUCAGGCCUUCCCAGUUCGCGUUCCACGGCGCGUUCAGAGGUGUAAUCGAGCUGCUGAUCAUUCAUGCCAACGAGGUGUUUCGCCAGUACGAAAACGAGGAUCUCGAUGGCAGCGAUGACCUCACACAGACCUCAAGCAAGUGUGCUUUAAAUUGGCGCUUGUCACUUUUCCCCUCGUCGCUGAUUGGUUGUCUCUUACUUAGAAUCGCCGCCAUCAAAUGCAUCAGAAGGCGACUUUACAUUCAAAAUGCAAAGAUUUUAUUUAUUGUAGUGUCACUGGCAUCUGAGCCGGUGUUCGCAGGAAAAAUGACAAACUCCGCCAACAACGACCUGCCUACCCCCACACGCCUCCUCACCACCACGGACAUCUUCAGCAGGAGAGCGCAUCGCGCCAUGACAGAGUUUGCGCGCCAAUCUCGGGCCAUUAGAAGCCUGCCACAGCGUCUCCGCGCAAAGCACGCCAAGCCGAUGCUGACGUCGUUUUCGCCGCCGACGACGACGACCACAACGCCGACGACAUCCGCCACCACCUCGGUGCGCUCGCUGACCCCUCUUCCGGCCCGAAAAGCCGCCCCUUCGAGCGAGCCUCGACUGGAGCGGACACGCAGUCUCACGCAGGAGUCGCUCUCCGAACAGAAUGACCUCGAGGAGGUUGUCGUGGAAGCGGACAAACAGGCGGAGGAGAGACCAGUGCGAGGUAUUCCACGCAGUGUGCUCCAGAGGCAGCACAUGGAAUGGCGAAGGGCGAUGUUGCAGGUCGUGGAGGGCGCGGGGUUGGGGUCGCCGGCACAGAAAACAUCCAUCCACGGCGACCUCUACGACACACUCUUCACUCUCCAGACCCUGAACAGUAAGUCGGGCCUGGAAGAGGUGCUGUCUCGCGUCCGCUCCGUGUACGAAACCAAGUACAUCAUGGGAAAAUCAACAUCUGACCCUCCGAUGCCAAAUGACGCGCCACCUUCGGCUCAGACUUCGAGCAGGAACGCAGUUUAUGUUACCAGACGCCACUCCACCUCCAGCAUCUCUGUGAUGGAGCACUGCAAGUCACGCCUCGCCUCCACGGAUCCGCGUCCAUCUUCCACAGUCCAGGGUUCGGCCUGCGCGAAGCUCGUGGGCUACCAAAAGAAGAGUUCAACGACGCCAGGUCCGUUGAACGCGCGUGCUCUACAAAAAGUCGCCAUCCCCAUCUCCACACCGGACGCCCAGGCUGUGCGCAAGAAGCGUCCGGCUAGUCAAAGCUCGAAACCACAGCAGCAGCAGCAACGUGAACAUCCGCAGCGCUAUUCCGUGGAAGUUGUUGGCGGCAACGUGGAGCCUGGGGCCCUUAGGUAG